CUCACACACACACACACACACACACACACACACACAGAGCACAUGAGUGUAACAGGCAGGUGUGUGGAGGUUAAACAUUAGCAUCAUUAUGUCGAGUGAAAGAAAGGAGAAAAGAGACAACAAACUCCUGCAAACACCGGACCAGGGAAACGGCUCAACAGUUCGCAAACAGAUUUCACCCGCUCACGCUCGUAGAAUCGGGCUGACGAGAAAACUGCCGUUCAGGAGGGAUUUGGUGGAAAAUGAGAACCCAGAAGAGAAAGCGCGGAGACACAAGGAGCUGGAGCUGAAGCCUCUGUACAAGGAGCUGCUUUACACCAUCGCCCACGCGAUGGGUAAACCGUCGUCCUCUGAGGACGUCACAGAAAGCCAACUUCAGCAGUACCUCAAGGAGGCUUUCACUAUGACAGAGGCAGAGCACAGCAGUCUUUUGGAAAAAGUGCAGAGCACCGAGCCUCCCGUUUACUGCCUGAUGGCCACAGUGAAGGAAGCAAAGGGAAUCUUGGGAAAAGAUGUCAGUGGUUUUAGUGACCCAUACUGCAUGCUGACCAUACUGGAGGAUGAACAAGAGAAUCUGACACGCCAGUCCAGAGCCAAACCCUGUAAGUCAGUUGUAAAAGACGCCACAUCGGUUGACAAAAUCUACCAAACGGACAUAAAGAAGCAGACGCUGAAUCCCAUCUGGAACCAAACCUUCAUCCUAGAGUUUGGAGAUGUCGUUGGUGCCAGCUUCCACCUUGAGAUGUGGGAUAAGGAUGAAGAGGUGUCACUCACUCAGAAACUGGAGGAGAUCAAAACCAACUUUAACAGUUUGAGAAGGAUGAUCAAGGAGGCCAAAAAGGAGAAAGGCACAGACGACUUUUUGGGAAACAUAAUCUUAAAAUUGAAGGAUCUCCACUCUACUGAAGAUAACUGGUACAACCUCCAGCCCCGAACGGAAACGUAUCCUGAUCGCGGCCAGUGCCACCUCAAUCUCAAGUUCAUCCAUAAAGAGAGAGAUGGGACGCUGAGUGCCGGCCGGAGCGCCUACAUCAACUACUGUGGCAUCCUGCAGCAGUGUGUUCAAGCGUACAUCUCCAAACAGCAGGGAUCUGGUCCAUGGAAAGGAGCGUUGUGCGUCGAGGCCCAGACUCUGCUCGAGCUUUACGCUACACAGAACGACCUCUCACCGUUCCUGCAGGACCUGGCGAAGUGGGUGGCUUACAGUAAACUGUAUCAGAGCUUGGAGGUGGACUCCUCUGUGCUCUUCCAGCAACUCACCAGUAUAGAAUACCACUGGCAUCAGCAGCAGCUGCCCCACCAGCAGAAACAGGAACUUGGUGACUCUCUUCAUGGUUUCCUGCAAUACGGACUGUGUCUCGUGACCAAAUACAGAGACAUCUUCCCCCCAACCACCACUUCUACUCCAAAACUACACACACUGCUCAGAAUCUUAGUCCAGAUCUGUAAGACUCGGGCAUUUCAGAAACUGAACCCAGCUCAGGUGGAGCUGAAUGAUGAGGUCAGCCAUGCCAUACAGACAGGCACACAGGAGUGGUUUAACAUUAAAAAGGGUUUGCAUCAGCCAAUGACUAAGGACCUGCCGGAGAUUAUUAACGCCCUCUCCAGUUUGAUUGGGGAGGUGCGAGAAGACAUAAAGCACAACAAAGACGUCUGGAACAGGGUAUUUGUAAGUGCUGUGCAGGUGGACGUCUUCACCGUUGUCUAUAAGACGUUCGACUCCCUGCUGGCAAAUGAGGUGAAGGGAACGUUGUUGCUGAUGGAGGGUCAGAUGGAGCAGCAUCUUGCCAAUAGUCUGUUCUCCGUGUACCUGAACCUCCAGGCCAUCCAUAAAGAGAAGGCCUUCCUGCAGAAAAGGGGAUUACUGGAGCUGACAAACUUUCAUGAGGACUUCAGAGAGGCUCUACCAUACUGGCUCAACGAGGCGUUCAGCAAAACUCAGGACAGAGUGGAGCGGGCUGUGCGGGUGGACCAGCUCCAGCCCCUGCAGACUGGUUCGGUGCCAAUAAAGCACAGUUCCUCAGCAGUGGAUCUGGUGGCUUGUAUCCAGCCCAUCUACUACCUGUGGGAGCAGCUGUCCUGGCCUGACCCUGAGGAGGCCUUUAUGCUCAUGGUCAAAGUCACUGAGGACGUAUGUAAGAUUGUGGUGAACUACUGUCACAUCCUGAAGGAGAGGGUCAAAGUGCUGUCAGAGAACUCUGACCACGGCAGUGCAAUAAACAUGUUGUGUGUGGUAGUAAACGACCUGGAACACUUAAGGUCCUUCCUAACUAGACUCCCUACGCAGCUGAACUGGACAGGGCUUCGAGAUCGGACUCAGAAUGUCAUAGGGGAAAGCCAGUUCCACAACACGCUGCCCUCGCAGCUUCAGCAGGCUCAGAGCAUCCUCAGCCGAGAGAUCCGCUCUGCUUUAGACACUCUCGGGAAAAAGAUCAAUACAGACAUUGCGACUUACAUUAGAAGCAUGUCGACCAGGCAGCGGCUUCCCUCCAAGUCCACAGAAGAUGCUGCAGCCCCUCUGAUGCAGUACCUAGAGCAAGAGUUGAAGUACAUGAAUGAAAACCUGGUCCAAGAGAACUUCAACAGCCUUCUGACUCCUUUGUGGAACCACUCAGUGAAGAUCAUCUACCAGGUCGCGACUCAGCAUCCACAACAAGAAGGAUUCAUGGUGUUCUGCCAGAGGCUGCUGUAUACACUGCAGUGUCUGGAGCUGAGCUUCCAUGCAGAAGGAAAUGGACUCCCUAUGAAUGAUCUUCAUUCUGAUGAUUAUAAGACUCUCAAAGCCUACCUGACUCACAAUGCUCUGAGCAGCCAGGAGCUUAUACAGAAGUUCUUUGACAGGAAAAUAAAGGAGCAGAACACACACAGUGGAGAGAAAUAUGGCGCGGUCACCCUCCUCACGUCCUACAGGAGGUCAGACCAAAGACUCAGAGUUGAGGUUCUGAACGCAGUCAACCUCUUGCCAAUGGACUACAAUGGUUUUAGUGACCCGUUUGUGCAGCUGUGUUUGGAGCCUUACCACAUCUUCCCUGAGAUAGAAACUCGCUGCACUAAGAUCAAAAGCUGUGAUCUCAAUCCCCUUUUCGACGAGGUUUUUGAGUUCCUGGUUUCCCUGGACCAGUGCAAGGCUCCAGGAGCUUGCCUGGUGGUGACUGUUCUCGACCACGACAUCUUCAGGACAGAUGACUUUCAAGGUGAGGCCUUCCUGGGACUCAAGGCCAUACCAGGAGUCAGUGGAGCAAAGGAAGGAGAAGGUCUCUCCUUAAGGCCGGACAGCCCGCCCGCUCAGAUGCGCCUGCCUCUGAUGCAUCCUAAACCUAAUGAGGACAGCAUUCUGGCACUGCUGGAGUCCAGGAGAGGAGAACGGGAUGCUCAGGCUUUGGUGAAGAGGCGAAGACAGAGAGAGAAGCAGUCGCUGAUUAACACAGAGACAAGUUCUUAAUCCAAAAAUAUACAAUUUG